UUCCUUCCGCACAGACGCUCGAUUCUUAUCACUUUGCGCCGCAGCUCGUUAUCGCCGAACUUUUUUGCGCUUAUUAUUCCAGUCGGACGUCCGCGAUCGUGUAGCUCCAGAAUAUUUAUGGUUGUUGAUGGAGAAGCCGAUUGAGAAUGCCACAUAUCGUCGAUAGUCAGCUGUCAACGUCUUUGUCUUCUGAGGUUGCUAUACUGUGCCUUUGAGAAUGCCGGGGGACGGAGCUCGUGCGGGCAGCGGCGAUGAGAGUUCAGCACCGACGUCCAGAACUCGCGCGGGAUCUCGAGGUGAAAAUACACAAGGGAAGAGCAAGGGGAAAGGCUCUGGAGCAAGCUCAGUCGCCAAGAGACGCUGCGUGAGCACCGCAUGCAUUGCAUGCCGCAGGAGAAAAUCCAAAUGCGACGGAAAUCUGCCUAGCUGCGCGGCUUGUUCUUCAGUCUACCAUACUCCAUGCAUUUACGACCCCAAUUCCGAUCAUCGCCGCAAAGGCGUCUACAAAAAAGACAUCGAUAAUCUGAGGACUCGAAACACAACAUUGCAGACACUCGUUCAGGCCAUACUCAACUACGACGAGGAGGAGGCGUUCGAUCUCGUUCGGCAGAUACGGUCAUGCGACAACCUGGAAGAUGUGGCAGAGUCAAUAGUUGCGCGGGAGCAGGGCCUUCCGCUAGGGAAUGAUGAUGCGGAUUCUGCUGUAGAGGAGGAUGAGAUACAGACAGAUCAAUUCGAAGCUGAACUAGCAGGCAAAAUGAGCGAGCUCAUGCUCGACGGCUCGGUGAAGUUUAUCGGAGGAACUUCGAAUCUCAUAUUUCUCCCUCCGGGAUCUGAGCCAGAGGAGGAAUUCGACUCUGCCUUGAUUGGCACUGGCCUCCAGAGUGAUUUCUCUGUUACUCAAUGGACGAGAGUCACCAAUGACGAACAAUUGAUUGGCCAUCUCAUGACGAUGUACUUCACAUGGCACUACGCUUACUUUACCACGCUGUCGAAGGAGCUCUUCUAUCGAGAUUAUGUUCGAGGCAGGCCAAGUCAAUAUUGCUCAUCUCUACUCGUUAAUGCCAUAUUGGCUCUCGGUUGCCAUUUUAGUUCUUGGGAGGGAGCACGUGAAGAUCCGAAAGAUUCGGCGACAGCGGGUGACCAUUUCUUUAAGGAGGCUAAGAGACUAAUCUUGGAACAUGAUGAGCACGAGAAAGCCAAGUUAUGCACAGUACAGGCUCUCGCGUUAAUGUCCGUUAGAGAGGCAGGCUGUGGUCGAGAAGGCAAAGGAUGGGUCUACAGUGGGAUGAGCUUUCGCAUGGCUUAUGAUCUCGGUCUGAACGUGGAUCCUACCAGUCUAGGUGCCAACACUCUGAGUGAAGAGGAGAUAGAUGCACGACGAAUAACCUUCUGGGGGUGUUUCUUAUUUGAUAAGUGCUGGUCCAAUUACCUUGGUCGACAACCGCAGCUAUCUCCAUCGAAUAUCACUGUCCAAAAAUUCGAUGUCUUCCCGUCAGAGGAUGCGGAAACUUGGUCGCCGUAUACUGAUGAUGGUCCCAUCCAAGACCAUACACAAGCUGCAAGGACACGAGCUGUAGCCUUGCAGAUUUCUAAACUCUGUGAAAUCAGCAGCGAUCUCCUAACGUUCUUUUAUCAUCCUCAACCCUUGGAGAGACCACCCUCCAAACAAGCGGAGUUGAAGAAACUCAGUGAAGUGCACACACGCCUCGAGGCGUGGAGAAAGAAUGUCCCAAAGGAAAUGGACCCUAAAGAGGGGCAACUUCCGCAGGUGCUGCUUAUGCACAUGUUCUACCAACUCCUUUUCAUUCACCUAUACCGCCCUUUCCUGAAAUAUACCAAAUCAACCUCGCCUCUUCCCCAACACGUCUCUCCGCGGAAACUAUGCACUCAGGCGGCGGCCACCAUUUCCAAGCUACUUCGCGUAUAUAAACGCAGCUACGGAUUUCGUCAGAUCUGUAAUAUCGCGGUCUAUAUUGCUCACUCUGCUUGUACCAUACACCUUUUGAAUCUACCAGAGAAGAACGCCAGGAGAGAUAUCAUUCACGGUCUCCGGAACUUGGAGGAAAUUGCAGAGAGCUGGCUCUGCGCUCGACGUACACUACGGAUUCUCGACAUAUCUGCUACCAAGUGGCGCAUCGAUUUGCCUCCUGAAGCCGUCACAGUAUUCGAACGAACACGUAGUAAAUGGAGGUCAUGGGGAUCAUGGGAUCAUGGCUCUUCUCCCGCUUCUUCAGGGGAGUCUCCAGCGAUAAAUACUUCUAGCCUUUCGUCGACUAUGCCGAGCAGUGUUUCAACGCCCGGGAGACUACCUCAGCCUGUCCGCCAUGAAUUGCAAACACAACCGACUGCCUCCGCCAACUUUAGUGUACCUCAGUCCCAGCCUAAUUUCUUCUCCAAUACGGCCCGGCUUUGCACUGCUCGCCAGAAUCAUGAUUCCUUCAGUGGCCGGAUACAGCAGCCUCAAUCCAUCGCGCCUGAGCCCACUUAUCUAGGACCGACGUCCCAGAGUGCUUACCCCGCCCAGACCGCCUCUCAGUCUCCGCAGGACAUGUGGAAUGCUACUCAGGAUGUCUGCAAUGUGUCCAACAGUAGCAACAGCCCAGCUCCUAUCGUGAAUACACCUCCAAUGCCCAUCUUCAACGGGGUCGAUAGCCUAGUGGAAGAGAGCCAAGACUGGUGGCUCCGAGAUCAGAGUGCGCUGGCACUGGGGUUGGAAAACUGGGGAGAAGGAUGGGAGACCGCUGAUCAGGCAACGGCGUUCAGCAUGGGCUAUAAUCCGAAUACAACAGGCCCCGCGCAGACAGCCAGGCAGGAGAACAUCUCGAAUGCGCCUCAGCAGAUGGCAAAUAACCCUGGACUUUCCAUGCCAACGGUGCCUGUUGCCAAUCAAAAUCCUUACCGGUAUAUGAAUAGGCCGGUUUCCCGUCAUGGGUAACUCUACGAGAUUCGGAUUUUGUACUGUUGAUUUAAAGAGAAGGAUGUAUUAUUACUAUGAAGAUUUCGGGUACGGAUGAGCGACUGCUUUCUGGGUAUGACUUCAUCGGCCUGGCUUUGAUGAUUAUGACUUUUGGGGUGUAUACAAUUUAUUUUCAUGUCUAUAGGCAUUAGUCCAUGUC